CGACAUCAAAGACGUCAACGGCCAAGGCUCCCAUCCGCGUGUCUGCUCUCUUCUUUGCGCGUGGGAAAAGGUUCGCUUUGGUCUUGUCGCCCUUGGCUGUUUACGGCUUGAUGACGGGCUCUGCGGACGCCUCCUACGGGACUCAACAACUACUCUCUGUCGUCGCCGCUUUGCGCGUGGCAAUCUAGUGAACUUGCUGCCGGCCGUAACCAUCUCCACGGACAAAGUUUGGGCCUCUUUUCUCUCAACACAGCCGCACAUGUUUACUGAACAGCACCUGCCAUGAUAUCACGACUUUGUUGUUACUAAUUCCAAUAAAAGGCUACACUUGCCUGACGACGGCCAUCUGGCAUUCCUGGAACGGGCAGACAGGACCAGCACGCAGGCAGCAUGUUUUUUCGCCAAACAUGGACGCUGGUCGAGAAGACUCUGAUUAUCGUCCUCUACAGGCACUGGCUGGGGACGCUGAUCCGCGCAUUUCUGGCCCCAAUCAUUUUUAUGUUCAUCAUCGCGUUUGCGAAGAAUUUCUUUGUGCCGCCUAGUGGGUUUGGAAUCGGGCCAGCGAGGCCUAUACGGAGUUUGGGCGAUGCGGCUGCAGCGAGUGCUGGAGGACGCGAUCUUUUUGUCGCGGUGGACAACGGCUUUACAGGUGGAGACAUUGCUUCGAUUAUCGAGACUAUUCGGGAACCGAUCACGGGAGCUGGGAAGACUUUUGAAAUUGUGGGAAACGAAGAGGAACUGUUAACGAGAUGUCCGUCUUCCAUCCGAGGAGUCUCUCCGUGUUUUGGAUCUGUGGUAUUCGAAUCUUCGCCGAACGAGGGGCAAGGCGGAAUCUGGAAUUACACGAUCAGAGCAGAUGGCGCGUUUGGUGGUAACAUUUACGUCGAUCAGGACGACAACGAUGCAGAAAUCUACGCUCUGCCUCUGCAGCGUGCUAUCGACGCUGCGAUUGCUUCUGUUGAAGGCGUGACGCUUCCUGACAAUACUCAGGAAUAUGUCUUCACCACGAAGACGCCCGAAGGACGAGACCGCAACAUCAUAAGGCUGUAUAUGGGCACCCUCAUUGAUAUCCUCGGUCUGGCGUAUUUUAUCGGCAUAGUCGGUAUCGCCUACCAAUUGACUGGACAAAUGGCGAUCGAACGAGAACUGGGCAUGAGCCAGUUGAUCGAGACUAUGAUGCCAAAUCGCCAGAGAUGGAUGCCACAGGCUGCUCGACUACUGUCUCUCCACAUCGCAUUCGACAUCUUGUAUUUCCCGAGCUGGGUGAUAAUGGGCGCCAUAGUAGCUGUUCUGAACUACACCGACUCGAGCGUAGGGAUUUGUGUCGGAUAUUUCAUCCUCGCUGGUCUGGCUCUGUCCUCCUUCUCGAUUGCAUUCGCUGCACUCUUCCGCAAAGCGCAGCUGUCUGGUAUCACUGUGGUCAUCACGUCCAUCGUGCUUGCUAUCAUCAUUCAAGUAGCCCCGAGUCCGUCAACAGGAGCUGCUUAUAUCACGAGUUUGCUCUUUCCCCCGAUCAACUUUACAUUGUGGAUCAUCUACAUGGCGUACUGGCAGCAGGAAAAUAUGGGUGCCGACCUAUCGCUUGCUGCUCCAAAUGCACCUUGGAGAAUGCCGGGAUAUGUGCUGUACAUCUUCUGCAUACUCCAGAUUCUGUUGUAUCCAGUUGUGGGAGCAUUGAUCGAGCGUGGACUUUACGGUACCGCAACCAAGUCGCGCCAACUACGCUACGAGGAGAGCAACUCGCAGGAGACUGUCAAGAUCACUGGACUGUCAAAACACUAUCCUCCUGGCUGGUGGUCACGAAACGUGGGAUCUCGUUUUACCAAGAACCCGAAGGAGACCGUCUACGCAGUCAACGAAUUGAGUCUCUCGGUCAUCAAAGGACAAAUCAUGGUUCUUCUUGGUGCCAAUGGUAGUGGAAAGUCGACGACUCUGGACACUUUGGCUGGUUUGCAGAAACCCACAAACGGCACUAUCGAGAUGGACGCGGCGGGCGGUAUCGGUCUAUGUCCUCAAAAGAACGUUUUGUGGAAUGAGCUCACAGUGUACGAGCACGUACGACUGUUCAACAGGCUCAAGGCCACUGGUAAGACCGAUUCAAAGGCGGAGAUCCAGGCUCUGGUCUCGGACUGUGAUUUGGACCAGAAGAUCAACGUUCGCUCUUCCGCGCUGUCAGGAGGUCAGAAGCGUAAAUGCCAGCUGGCUAUGAUGUUGACUGGUGGCUCACGAGUAUGCAUGCUUGAUGAGGUCUCCAGUGGUCUCGAUCCGCUCAGUCGCAGAAAGAUUUGGGACAUUAUUCUCGCAGAACGUGGCAAGCGCUCGAUGAUCUUGACGACUCACUUCUUGGACGAAGCAGAUCUGCUCUCCGAUGAUAUCGCUGUUCUCUCAAAGGGCAAUUUGGUUGCACACGGUUCUGCAGUGGAGUUGAAGCACAAUUUGGGUGGAGGCUAUCGAGUGAGGAUCUACCACGAAGACGCGAAGGAACUGCCAGAGAAGCUUGUGGCCACCACGCGCAAGCAGGUAUAUCACGAUCAAACUGUCUACCAGCUCGCGGAUUCAGCUGCCUCCGCGCAAUUCAUUACAGAGCUCGAAAGGAUUGGUGUUCGAGAUUAUCAAGUCAAUGGACCUAGCAUCGAAGAUGUCUUCCUCAAGCUUGCCGAAGAAGUCAAAGAUGAGCUGGAAAAGGGAAGAGUCGAGAGCCCAUCCACAUCUGACAGCGAAACUGUCGUGGUCGAGGAGAAGAAACUCCAGCUCAUGCCUGGCAAGGAAUUAUCGUUCUUCUCACAGACAUGGGUCUUGUUCCGAAAACGCAUUACGAUCCUGAUGAGGAACAAGUGGCCAUAUCUCGCCGCACUUUUGAUUCCAAUCCUCACGGCCGCCCUUGUCACGCUCUUCCUCCAGGACUUCGAAGCGCUGAGCUGCCGGCCUCAGGACCAGGUACGUGAGGCGCGAUCUCUGUCUCUGAACACUGGUCUCGCGUUCGGUGCGAACAUUCCAGCUGGACCUGAUCAGCAGCAAGUCGAUGGUCUCCAAGAAGAAUACCCCAUCCUGGCUGCAAACAACUCGGCAGUCGUUCUGGUCAACAGCUUCGAAGACUUCCAGAACUACAUUUCUACGAACUUCUCCUUCGCGACCCCUGGUGGAUUCUUCGACGGCGAUACUCCAACCUUUGCGUGGCGUGGCGACUACGGGCUACAGUUUGCGGUCGCAGCUCAGAAUAUGAUGCACGCCAGCCUUCUGAAUCUCCCUAUUCAAACCGCGUACCAGCCUUUCGAUGAACCCUGGGCGCCAAAUGCAGGAUCGAGUCUGCAGUUCAUCCUGUACUUUGGACUCGCCAUGAGCAUCUUCCCCGGCUUCUUCGCACUGUACGUCAACGUUGAGCGACUGCGCAACGUCCGAGCUCUUCACUACAGCAACGGAGUGCGUGCUGGUCCGCUCUGGCUGGCAUACACUUUGUUCGACUUCAUGAUCGUCCUGCUGGUCAGCGCUCUUGCCAUCAUCAUUUUCGUGGCAGUCUCGAACGCUUUCUACGCGCCAGGCUAUCUAUUCGUCGUAUUCUUCUUGUAUGGGCUCUCGGCAACACUCACGGCAUACCUCGUAUCGCUCUACACGACGAGUCAAUUGGCAACUUUUGCUUUCGCAGCCGGUGGCCAGUGCAGCUUCUUCUUGCUCUAUUUUGUGGCUUUCAUGUGCAUCAUCACGUACAUCCCCGCGGAACAGAUCGACAGCAGUCUGGACAUUUUACAGUACACCAUGUCGCUGUUCUUCCCGGCCGCCAACUUGCUACGAUCCCUCCUGCUUACCCUCAAUCAAUUCUCGAUCCUUUGCAGGAACAACGAGGUUGCUUCGUAUCCUGGCUCAUUCAGGGUAUACGGCAGCUGCAUCCUCUAUCUGCUGCUUCAAAGUGCUGUCUUGUUCCUUGUGCUAGUGUGGUACGACAGCGGCUGGAGACCAGCUUUCAUGGCUCGCAAGCAACACCGGAAGACCGAUCUGGAAGAGAUUGAUGAUAUGGACGAGGAAGUAUACACCGAAGCAAAGCGAGUCGAUGGCGCGACCGAUCAGCUGCGCGUCAAGCACGUCACCAAGGCCUUUGGGCCUUUCGUGGCGGUACAAGACGUAUCGUUUGGUAUUCCACAUGGGCAGACUUUCGCACUGCUGGGUCCGAACGGUGCUGGAAAGUCCACAACCAUCAAUCUGAUUCGAGGUGAUAUGCGGCCAAGCGAGGGCGACAUCGAAAUUGAAGACAUCAGCAUUCUUGGAAAACGUGCAGCUGCUCGAACACAUCUUGGUGUUUGUCCGCAGUUCGAUGCUAUGGACCAGAUGACUGCCAUCGAGCACCUGCGUUUCUAUGCUCGUGCUCGUGGUGUGAGUGAUGUGGAGCACAAUGUCGAGCAAAUCCUCCAUGCCGUCGGUCUGAUGCCUUUCAAGAACCGAAUGGCUGGCAAGCUGUCCGGAGGCAACAAAAGAAAAUUGAGUUUGGGUAUCGCUCUGACCGGAAACCCGUCUGUCCUGAUCCUGGAUGAGCCUUCCAGUGGCAUGGACGCUGCUUCGAAGCGUGUGAUGUGGCGCACUUUGAGCUCCGUCUCCGCAGGACGCUCGCUCCUCCUCACGACCCACUCCAUGGAGGAGGCAGACGCGCUAGCUGACCGAGCCGCAGUCAUGGCAAAACGCAUGUUGGCAGUGGGCACGGCAGAUGAACUUCGUAAAAAGCACGGAGAUGCAUACCAUGUGCAUUGUGUUCACAAGGAUGCGCCGUACAGCAGCGACCAAGAUAUGGCCGAGAUCAAGACUUUCGUCCGCAACACUUUCCCUGGAGCAAUCACCGAAGAUCGCAUCUUCCACGGCCAACUCCGCUUCAGCGUCCCUACUGACCGCACUGCUUACCGUGACGACUCGUCUCUCGAAGAGAAGAGUCUGGAUGAUAAGAAGAAUGCCGUGAGCCAUGUCACUACUGGUUCUGCUAGUAGCAACGGCAUCAGCUCGCUGUUCGCACAGCUCGAAGCGAAUAAGGAGAAGCUCGGUCUGGAAUACUACUCUGUCUCUCAGGCGACUUUGGAUCAAGUUUUCUUGUCCAUUGUUACGAAACAUAACGUCAUGGAAGAGAACUAUGCCCGAGCGCAAGGGCAGAAGAAAUUAGGGGCUUGGGGGAAGACGAAACAGGUCGUUAUGAACGUCUAUCAUAAUGCGUGAGGAGGUGGCGCAAGUAUAGAUGAGGAAGAACACUUGACUCAAAAGAAAUUAAAAAAGAAAAGAGACGUAUAGACUUUACUGUUGCAUGGCAUAGCGAGAUGGAAUUUGCACGAGCGAAGGAAACGAACAGAGUACAGGACAUGUGUAUCUGCAUGGCAUAGCAAGAGUGUGUUUCUGGCA